CGCACGCUCCUUGUCUCCUUCCCCCACACCCAUCCCAUCCAUACACCAUUACUGAUGCCUUGUGAGAGAAACCUGGCUCUCUGACAACUCAAGAAUCAUAAAUCCAGCUGUCCAAAGCUUAUUUCAACACAGACCUGUAGUGCUUCAGAGGAGGAAGUAAGUAGGAUCUGAAGGAAGAUCCUGCCUCUUAAUCUGCUAUAGGACUAUAGUCAAGAAAUUUGACAUCAUUAUACAUCUUUUAAACUCCAAAGAGACCAGAAUAUUUUAGAUUAAGGAUGAAACAUUUAAAUGGAAAUAAAAACAAAGCAAACAAAUCAAUAAAGAAAACUUGCCAGAAAUCAGGAUCCUCAAAUUCUGGGAAAAACUGUAAUAUCAUUAAGAAUUUACGUACAAGAAGCAUUGUGAAAAAUGACCCCUCAACAUUUAGGUGUCAAAGGAGAAGCUCAGAAAUGCAGAACAAAUCAUCUAGUAGUAACCAAGCCACAGUUCCUUCAGUGGUGUUUAGGAGUACAGAACACUACACUGGCUUGAACACAUUCAAAAAUAAGGUUGUCACUUUUUAUUUCGAAAACGGAGACUCUGAGAUCUAUGUUGAAGACGUAAUUGGGAACCAAGAGCCAGGUUCAUUGGUAGUAGAGUUCUUCAGCUAUAAAAAUUCAAAUGAAGAAAAGCAAUCCUUGGUGGUCCUGAAACCUCGCACCUCUGACAGUUUUCUCCAAUUGCAUGCCAAUGAAAAGAAUGAUCUUGAGCUUCACGAAUGUAAAAGUCCCAACUCAGCAUUGGGAAAGAAAUACUUCAUUCUGCACCAAGAAAUCGCCGGGUUUGUUUCAUUUGAGUGUUUCUGUCCUCAAGGAUUAUAUAUUGGUGUAAAGAAAAACCGUCUGGAACUUAUGAAGAAGAAAGAAGAUGAUAAAACUGGGACCGGGAGAGGGUGAUACCCACAGUCAUGGUGUCCAACUGUAUAAACUAUCAGUGAGAAAAGAGGAAUGUGUGCGUAUGUGAAAUUUUAUAAAUCAGACACUAGUAAAUGCCCCAAAAGACAAAGUGCCUAAAAGGGCAAAAGAUCAUUCCAACAGGUCAGAGAACCCUGUUUAAUGGGUUCAGAACUAGAGGGACCAGUCCAACCCCUUCAUCUGAAAAGUUCAAACGAUUUCUUCUUAACAUCAUAUUUUCAUUGACAUGUUCGAAGAACUAUAAAGUUUCCUUUUUUUUUACAAGAUGGAGGCAAGUUAAAGGCAAUUUUAUUCCUACACUAUAGCCUCAAGCCUUUUUCACUGAGUCUGCUUAUAGUGACAUUCAUUGUCAUAAAAGACUAAGAGGGGGGCAGCUAGGUGGCACAGUGGAUAAAGCACCAGCCUUGGAUUCAGGAGGACCUGAGUUCAAAUCCAGCCUCAGACACUUGACACUUACUAGCUGUGUGACCCUGGGCAAGUCACUUAACCCCCAUUGCCCUCCAAAAAAACAAAUAAAAGACUAAGACCAGAAACUCAGUAUCUUUCAUCAUUUCCACUACAUCAGCCACAAAAAAUUACAGUUCACAAAUCCCAGAACCUCAUUCCUCCGAAACAGCAAGACACUAGUAUCAUCUUCUCUACUGGAACAAAUUAAGCCCAGUUAUCUACCCUUUGGGCAGUAGGUAACAUAGCAGAUAGAGUGCUGGGCCUGGAGUUAGGAAGACCUGAACAGCCUCAGUCACUUAACUCUGUUUCCCUCACUUUCCUCAUUUGUAAAAUGAGCUAGAAAAGGAAAUCGUAAAGCACUUCAGUAUCUUUGCCAAGGAAACUCCAAAUGGGGUCACAAAGAAUUAGACACAACUGAAACUACUGAACAACAAUGCCCACCCUUUACAUAAAAAGAGGUCUACCUUAUUUUGCACAAUAAAUGGAUUUCUAAAGUAGCAUAUGGAAAUUGAGUCAGGCCAGAAAUGUACUACAUGGGGCAGCAUACUUAAAGGACACCUGGUGUAAGGUGAAAAGUUCUUCUUCAGAGUAAAUGUUCAUUCCCUAACAUCUCUGUUGUAAGUUCUAAUUUUCGUAUGUAGAAUUUCAUUUAAACGAUAAAUACAUCAUGUGUUAUAUGACCUAUAACUAAUGAAAGAAAUACUUUUUUAAAAUUUAGAUAUAAAUAUUUGCUUAACUAAAAUAGUUUUAAAAAAAACUACUUAGGAGCAACAUCUACUGGUUGUACAGAGACCCUCCUUGGUCUCAUUACUUUGAAAAUAUUUUUACUCUAGAGACAAAUAUAAAAAGUGUAGUCUAUAUUAUUUGCUUAAUAAACAUAAGACUUAAAUAUUCUCAUGUAGGCUACGGUUUAAAAGGACUAUUCUGUAAUAGCUAUAUUUUUGCUAAAUUUUUAUUCUUUUUUCUUUUUCAUUAUAUAGGAUGGUUCUCUGGGAGGGGCAGGGAUAUUACAUUGGGAAAUGUAGGUGAUGUAAAACCAAAAG